AAGUAAGUAAAUCUGUAGCCAGAGAAACUAAAUCUAAUUAAGUCUAUAAAAUUUUAUAAAUAUGUGACCAAACAUGAGAAAUUUAUUAAAACAAAUCUGUAGAAAUCAUAUUAAAUAUAUGGAAUUUAAGAUAAGUUUGUAGUCAAAGAAAAAUAUUUGUGCAUAUAUAAAAGGUGGACAAAAUAAGUAUGUGAAUAAUAACAUUUGCGUGAUUAUUAUUUUUGAUAACAAAAGACUUAGGGAUAAAAAAUGAAAGUUAAACUAGUAACUAAAAUAAAAUUAAAGUUAUUAUAGGCUCCGACUGGUGACAUACAGUAUUAAGGUUGAUUUGCAGUAUGUAUUGUAAUUUGAUGUGAUUUGCAGUAAAAUUUAUGUGGUAAAAACUGUAAAUUUAUGUGGUAGGUUUGCAGGAAAAGUAUGAGUUACGAUUUUUUUUAAAGUAAUGACUGAUAACUUUUUUGAUGUACAAGUUGCAGUACAAUUUUUAUAAAUAAUUAAAUUUAUAAAUAAUUAAUUAUUUAUUAAAAUAAAUUAAACGUUAAACCAUUUAAGACAAAUAAAUAAUAAUAAAAACUAUUUUAUUUUAAUAUGUACAAAAUAUUAUUUCAAAUAAAUAAAAAUUAUAAGUAUAAAAUGAUUAUCCUUAUACAAUUUUAAUGAGAAAUAUAUUACAGAAAAUUAAUUUCUAUUAACUAAACUAAUGAAAGAUACAUAAACAUUUGUAUUAUAUAUGUAAUAGCAAAAAAUCUCAUAUAAACAUACAACUUUAUAUACAAACAUAGUUAAUAAUUUUUAUUAUAAAAUUAUUCUGUUGAAUCAUUUAAAUGGAAAUAAGAAUGCUUAUAAAAAGACUAAGAAACAAAUAGUUAUUAAGUCACCAAUAGUAAACACAAAAACCAUGUUUCAAAAGAUGAUAAAUUGUUUAAAGUUAAAAAAAAAAACAAACGUGGAAAUAACAAACAACUAAAACACUAACUCAAGUUCUAAUACACCCACUUUUCCUUGAUGUUGGUUUAGAAUUUGAUUUAGUGAUUUUACAAAGAAGACAACUCAAAAAUAUAACUCAACUUUACCACAUUAUAACUCAAACACAAAAUCAAAAAGUUAUAAUUAAAUCAUGAUUGGUAACAUUUUUGAUUUAUACCUCUAACUCAAACUAAAUCAAGUAUAAAUCAUGUUACCAAUCAAAACCAUAGUAAUAGACUGAUGAAUUAGCGUUAAACUUACUUUUUCCCAUUCAUUGAUUGUCAACUGAUUUAGAUUAGAAGUCCAAAAAAAAACUUAAAAAGUCUUUAAGAUCAUCAAGUGAGAUUUGGUUCGAGAUAGGCCGAUAAAACCAUUUUUCAAAUGAGUGCGUUGAUGUUCAACAUCGAAAAUUAACCAACUUUAAUAUAUAAGAGAUCCACUCAUCAAUAAUAAUUUUUAAGUUGGAAAUGUAAAAAGACUUAGCAAAAAAAGAAGUGAAAAGGAUAUACAAAAUAACUUUAAAGUAAUAAAGAUUGGAUAGUUUAAAUCUUGCGUCUUUCAAAAUCUAAUUAAUUAAAGUUAAAUCAACUAUUGUUUAUCUACAUAUUUUUAUAUGCUAAGUUUGGGUGAUAUAUUUAAAAGUAAGGGAUUAUGCAAGAUUAAGUACCCCACUUUCAGCUUACAAAAAAAAAAAGAUUAAGUACCCCACACCUCGUUUGUGUAAUAUGUAUUGUGUAGAUUACACGUUAUAUAAAGAUAGCGUGCAUAAACCAAACUCGAUUAGAAAACACAGAAAUUAAUAACAAAUCCAAACAGAAAGAAACUAGAGUCAGAAAAAUGGUAGUAUCAUUCUCAAAGAGAAAGUCAAAAUCCUCAAAGAAGACAGAAGAACCUCGUAUCUUCUUCUGUAACAAUCUUUGUUCUAUCUUUUUCAGAUCCCUUUUCUAUCUAACAUUUCUCACAAUUUUCUUCUUCUUUCUUAUAUAUCUGUGGUUAUCUUUUACCACCUUAAUCUCCGACAACGUCCUCCAUAUCUGUGUGUUGUCUCGGAAACUCAACGAUCCUUACUGUCUCACGGCGCCUGGUUCUAAACCCGUUUUUCAGAUGUCGACCAAUCUUACUACUAAAAGUGAUGUUCUCAGUAAAGAUGAGGAAAUUGGCUAUGAAGUUUCCGGUGAUGAUACCAAGCGUUAUGGUGUGAAUGUUAUUUCCGGUGAAGAUCAUAAAACCAAGAAGGAAUCAGUGGAAGAACAAGAUAAUAAUUACAUCAAACCUAAGAAUGAAGAAGAGGGAUACGCGUUAAGGGCAGUGACAAAGUAUCUCAAGGUACAAAGAUCAUGGAUAUCGACUAGAAAUAAAAUCGAAAAAUCAAGAUCAUGUGAAGGAAAAGGAGUUUAUGUUUAUGAAAUACCAUCUAAAUUCAACAGAGAUUUGUUGGUAGAUUGCAUCGAUAUGGUCCCUUGGACUAACAUGUGUAAGUUUUUCAAGAAUGAUGGUUUUGGAGAAGCAAUAGAGAAUCUUGGUCAAGGUUGGUUUAGGACACAUCAAUAUGCUCUUGAACCGAUACUACACUCUAGGGUUUUAAAGCAUCCUUGUAGGGUUUACAAAGAAAGCCAAGCUAAGCUUUUUUAUGUCCCUUUUUAUGGCGGUUUUGAUGUGUUGAGAUGGCAUUUCAAGAAUGUUUCUAAUGAUGUGAAAGACCGGUUGGGGAUUGAAGUUUUGAAAUGGCUUGGAUCGAAGGAAUCUUGGAAGAGAAACGCCGGCAAAGAUCAUGUCUUCGUCCUCGGAAAGAUUUCUUGGGAUUUUAGAAGAAAUAAGGACUCUUGGGGCUCAAGUUUCCUUGACUUACAAGAUAUGCAAAACCCUACAAGGCUUCUCAUUGAGAGACAUCCAUGGGAAGUCAACGACAUCGCAAUCCCACAUCCGACCUAUUUCCACCCUAAAACGGACUAUGAUAUCACCAGCUGGCAGGACAAAAUGACUAGCAAACCUCGCCGUAAUCUAAUUAGCUUCGCCGGAGGUGCAAGACCCGGCGACCCCAGUAGCAUCCGCUCAACGUUAAUCGAUCAAUGCACAUUGUUUUCCGACCAAUGCCGGUUAUUAAACUGUUCUGAUGGAAGUUGUGAUAAGCCUGAGAAUGUCAUUAAUCUUUUUCAAGACUCUGAGUUCUGUCUACAACCGCGAGGAGAUAGUCCAACGAGGAAAUCCGUUUUCGAUUCACUAAUCUCCGGUUGCAUCCCAGUGAUCUUUGAUCCGUACACUGCAUAUUAUCAGUAUGCGUGGCAUCUUCCGGAAGAUCAUAAGAGAUACUCUGUGUACAUAAACCAAGAAGAUGUGAAGGAAAAGAGAGUAAAUGUAGUUGAGAAACUGAUGACAAAGACUCCUAGGCAAAGAGAGGAUAUGAGAAGUUACAUUGUUCAUCAUCUUUUGCCUGGUUUGGUCUAUGGAGACUCAAAUGCUAAAUUUGAUAGGUUUCGAGAUGCUUUUGAUAUUACUUUUGAUAAUUUAAUUGAGAAAAUCAACAAGUUGGUAUAGAUUUUUGUAAUAUGUGCUCCCAGCAACACCAUGUGAUUACCAUUGUCACAUGUUUAUUGAUAUUUGAUAAUGAUACAUUGCGAUUAGUUUUUUUUAUUUUUUUUGAAAAAAGAAAAAAUAUUGUUGCAAUUAGUAUGUGUUGUUUUACUACAAUUGGUUGAAUAUCAUAUAUGUUUUGUUAACAGAUUUCACUGACUCGAUACAGUUUUAUCCUCACGUAUUAAGUUUCUAACCCGUUAAUGUGUGUAAUGUUUUGUAGAUCGUCUUGUACCAACCUCAGGGUUUUCUCAAACAAUUUAGAAGUUCUGUUUAAAUUUGUACUAAAGGUGUUUGUGAUGUGUUUAUAUGUAUUUUUAAAAUUAUAGACUCCAAUUAACUGUGUUAAAAAAAAAAGACUCCAAUUAACUUUUAAGUUUCUGAUAAAAUGCUUUAGUUUCACAACAUUAUAAAAUAAAUACCCCCUUCGUCAACUUAGUUUAUAGUUGGGCCUCUUAUAGUUUUCUCAAAAAAAAAAAAACUUAGUUUAUAGUUUUCUGUCAACAAUUUUAUCAUGGACAGUAUGUAUCAAGGAAAAUGAAGACAAUUAAACAGACUCGUAUACAAUUUUUUUUUGUGACACAUGCAUUCAUUAAUUAAAAGAAGGCCUCAGAUCCAGGUUCAGCCCAUAAAGGGGUCCAAAUACAGAGAUGAAGAAAGAGAUUGUUUUGCCAAACAGUCGGCUUCCACAUUCAAAGAUCGAGCAAAGUGAUUAAAGGAAAUAGCGACGAAAGCAGAGAAGAUGAGCUUGAUAUCUUGGAUGAUACCAUAGAUUUCCUUGAUCUGCGUGUCGCUGUUGAUAGCUCUGAUGAGCGUUGCAUUGUCAGAGUAACAUCGAAGCUUUGAGAUCCCUAAUGCUUCUGCAGAGAGAAGAGCCGAUCGGAGAGCUAAAGCUUCCGCAAUCAGAGGCGAGUUGAUCAGUUUCAUGGUUCUUGUACCUUGAUUAAUCCAAACCCCAUUCGCAUCAGAGAAGAUCCAUGCCAGUCCCGCUCGCUUCGACUAAAACCAUGUUAGUACCUUGAUUAAUUAAACUUGUAUAAGUUAGCAUUUAGAUAAAAAUAUAAAGGGACCCCAAUAUAAAACAAACAAAAGACUAAAACCCAAAACAAAUCCUCCAUGUAUAAAAGUUAAUCACAGAAAUUUGUUAAUAAAUUAUCAGUAUAUUACUAACACAUUAACGUCAGUUUA